AUGCCCCAGUUGACUUUUGAAAAAGCAGUCAACAUUGCAACAGCAAUGGAAGUAGCGAAGCAAGAUGUGGAACAGAUCAAGCAGAUACAAAAGUCACAUGAUGAUCCUACAACGGUUCAUAAACUUCAGAGGAAGAUGACCGCUGAACCACAAAAUAGGACUCCAGCAAAGAUGGUUAAGUCCAAGGACAAGCGAUCUACUCCAAGCCCAAAGAGAUGUUGGAGAUGUGGUGGUAGCAGCCAUGAACCAGCGACUUGUAAAUUUCGCUACGAAAAAUGCUACAAAUGUUCCAAAUCUGGUCACACGAAGAGCCAGUGUGAUCUAGUGAAAGCCUACCAGCAGAAAUUCUAUCAAAAGAAAACACAAUCUUCAAAGAAAGCACACCACUUAGGUGAUGAGGACUCUGCAUCAAACUCCGAAGAAGAAAAAAUGGAUCAUCUGGAAGAUGAAUCAAUUUACAGAUUAUCAAAUUCUGAUCCAUACAUGACCAAAGUGAUUGUGAAUGGCAAAGCAGUCCAGCUCGAAAUUGAUACCGGAAGUCCAUGGUCUAUUGUUUCAAAGGCAGUGUUCAGUAGAAUCAGCAAGGAUUCCAAGCUAACUUCUAGUAAUAUUAGACUCAAGUCCUAUACAGAAGGGAAAUUAGAUAUUUUUGGUGAAGCCACAGUUGAUGUUCAGCUUGAAACACAGAUGAAGCCAGACAAGCUGAAGCUAGAUGUUGUCCAAAGAGGUGCCAGCCUAAUUGGAAGGGACUGGUUACAGAAGUAUCCACAACUGUUAGCACAUUUAGCCAAUCAUAUUGCACAAGAAGCAAGCCCCAGCAGUAUGCAUAAUUUGCAAGAUGUUAUGCUAGAUGUAUUCAAAAAGCAUGCAGAGUUGUUUGAUGAUAGUUCAGUUGGAAAACUGAUAGGAUACCAGGCCAAGGUUUAUCCCCAAGAAGAGAACAAUGACCCAAAGUUCUACAAAGCAGCCCCCUGUUUCCUAUGCUGCCAGAAGCAAAUAGACAAAGCAUUGGAUAGCUUGUUGGAGGACGGCAUCAUCAAGCCAGUGAAGACCGCAGAUUUUGCAUGCCCAAUCAUUGCAGUUCCUAAGCCAGAUGGACGGAUGAGAAUCUGUGGUAAUUCCAAGCUAACUGCAAACAAAGUCCUGAAGGUAGAACAGUACCCCCUGCCAACUCUGGAAGACCUCCUACACGAUCUUGAAGGUGGAGAAACAUUCACCAGGCUAGACUUAAGUCAUGCCUAUCAUCAGAUAGAAUUAGAUCCAGAAGCCCGCAAGUACACAACAAUCAACACACAUAGAGGUCUCUUUGAGUAUACAAGACUACCUUUUGGGAUAGCCAGCGCUCCAGCUAUGUUUCAGAGGACUAUGGAGAGCCUCUUGGCAGACAUCCCCAUGUGCAAGCCAUAUCUCGAUGACAUAAUUAUCAGUGGCAAGACUGAUGAAGAUCAUCUGAGGAACCUGGAAGCAGUUCUUUCAAGACUAGAAAGCAAUGGUUUACGCUUGAAGAAGGAGAAGUGCGAACUGAUGAAGGACUCAGUUGACUACCUUGGUCAUCGCCUUGACAAGAAAGGUCUCAGGCCUCUUCAAGACAAACUUGAUGCCAUACGCAAGGCAGAACGCCCAGUGAAUCAAAGCCAAAUCCAGGCUUAUCUUGGUUUACUCGGAUAUUACCGCAAGUUUAUACCCAAUCUAUCCCAGGAGAUAGUGCACUUGACUGAAAUGCUGAAAGCAGAAUUCAGAUCAACCUCCAGUGGGAAGAGAAGCAGCCAGCCUGACCCUAAGUUCAGGUGGGGAAAGAACCAGGAAAAAGCAUUUCAGAAAUCAAAGCGUCUCCUACAGACGGACAGCAUCCUGACGCACUAUGAUCCAGCCAAACCUAUUCUGCUACAGACAGAUGCCAGCCCAUAUGGAUUAGGUGCGGUGAUAAGCCAUGUGGAAUCAGACGGACAAGAACACCCAAUCACAUUUGCUUCACGCACCCUCAUGCCAAGUGAAGUCAACUAUGCGCAGUAUGAGAAGGAGAGUCUGUCGAUAAUCUUUGGACUGAAGAAAUUCCACAAGCAACUGCAUGGAAGGUCAUUUACGAUUGUAACAGACCACAAGCCGUUGAUGGGACUCUUUGGAGACCACAAACCAGCGAGCCCGAUGGCCUCGGCUCGUGUUGCAAGAUGGCACAUGAUCUUGUCGGCAUACAGCUACAAGAUUGUACAUAGUGAAGGGAAGAAGCACCAAAACGCAGAUGGGUUGUCUCGCCUACCACUCCAGGGAGAAGAAACUUCAUGGAAUCAUCCAGAGCUCGCAGAGCUAGAGGAAGCACCAAUGCCCCGAAUCAACAUGCUGACUGACCUUGAAACACGCCCUGUUGAUGCACAGGAGGUGAAACGUGUCACCAAGAGAGUUAGAGUACUGUCCAAAGUAAAGCAUCAUAUCCUGAAUGGAUGGCCAGCAACAAGAAAUCUGUCAGAUGUACUGAAGCCCUUCGCAAGUAAGAAGGACGAGUUAUCCAUAGAAGAUGAUGUAAUCCUUUGGGGAUCCAGAGUGAUCAUCCCUGACAACCUAGAAAUGAAGGAGAGAAUCCUGAACGAGUUGCAUAGUACGCACCCAGGGAUCGUAAAAAUGAAGUCACUAGCCAGGUCGUACGUAUGGUGGCCCAAGAUAGACAACCAGUUAGAACAGCACGUAAGAUGUUGUGGAAGCUGUCAACAGAAUCAGCACAGCCCAGCAGCAGUACCCAUACACCCGUGGGAGUUUCCUGAGAAGCAGUGGAGUAGGAUCCAUUGUGACUAUGCCUCCAUUGGUGAUGAGAACAUCUUGAUCGUCGUAGAUGCUCACAGCAAAUGGCUCGAAGCUAUUCGUGUGAAGCGAGCCACAGCCAAUGCCACAGUGAUCGCCCUUAGACGGUUGUUUGCAACACACGGAUUACCAGAGACCGUGGUGACAGACAAUGGCACACACUUUGUUUCAGAAGAGUUUGCCACUCUGUUGAAUAACAACAACAUUUGCCAUAUCCAGACAGCACCCAAGCACCCAGCCAGCAAUUAUCUUGCAGAGAGAGGUGUACAAACGGUCAAAACAGCAAUGAAGAAGGGACAAGGAAGUGACUUUGAAAAGAAACUUCAAAGGUUUUUGUUGACCUACAGGUUUACACCACAGGAAACAACGGGAAAGACGCCCAGUGAACUGAUGUUCAAGAGGAAAGUCCGCACAAGACUCGACAACUUGCGCCCAGAUCUUAGCAAAGCGGUUAGACGGAAACAGUCUACCAUGAAGAAAACAGGAGAUCGAGGAAGCAAAGAAAGGGUCUUUGCUGUAAAUGAUCAUGUGAUGGUCAAAAACUUUAGCUCAGGUACAACAUGGCUUUAUGGAACAGAACUUGAAGUCAUCAAUGAAGUCAUGUACAAUGUUCAACUGACUGAUGGUAGAGUUGUCCGCCGUCAUAUUGACCAGAUGAGGAAGUACUCCCAUGCCAACAGUGAGAGGAAGGAGUUCCAACGUCCAGAGGUACGUACAGAGGAACCACCAGUUGUGUUCCCUAUGCCUGACAUUAAUCCAGAGCCAGAGAAUGCUACAGAAAGUUGUAUUACUUACAAGUGUAAGAAACACUUUGCAGAGAUUCAUUUUAAAUCCGAAUACUGA